UCUACCAUUUAGUUCAAGUCAGACAACGCACGACAUAGCUUGUGCGCUUUUUAUUUCUUUAAUACACUUGCAAGUCCAAAAAGUAUAUUAAAUAAAAGCCACUUUAGUUAUUGCUACCGAAAUACAGCACUAUACUAACGCGAACAAUUUUGAAAUAACAGUAAUCAAUUUUUUCAGACUGUCAAAUAGUGUAAAAAUGAGUUCUGAGAUAACAAAUAAACCAAUCGGUCUAAAAUUAAGAGUGUUACAUUUCGUACGUUUAGCAAUUGCAGCUGUGGCAAGGUUCUUCUUCACGUUAUAUUACGGCACAGAAGGGGAGAAGUUGCCCCCCAUAACGGAUGACAUCCUCAAGCUACCGGCUGUUGAUGUUGCAAAGAAAAUUAGACGAAAAGAGAUCUCCAGCGUGGAAGUUGUAGAAACAUGUAUUCGUCGUAUACGUGACGUAAACAGUGCACUUAACUGCUUUGUUGAGGAUCGAUUUAAUUUGGCUCUGAAAGAGGCCAAAGAGGCAGAUGACCUUGUGAAUAGUGGAACUAAAACAGAACAGGAACUAGCAAUAGAUGUACCAUUUCUAGGCGUCCCUUUUACAACUAAAGAUUGUAUUGGAGUAAAAGGACUACAUCUAACAGCGGGAGUGGUAUUAAGGAAGGACGUAAUCGCCGAGGAAGACGCUGACGUCAUAAAACUGUUACGUCACAAAGGCGCCAUCAUCAUUGGACUUACAAACGUACCUGAACUUUGCAUGUGGUGGGAGACACACAAUCAUAUACAUGGACGGACCAACAACCCCUACAAUACAACGAGGAUAGUUGGAGGUUCGUCAGGAGGUGAGGGAUGUCUUCAAGCGGCUGCUGGGAGUAUAUUUGGAAUUGGUUCUGAUAUCGGAGGCUCGAUUAGAAUGCCAGCAUACUUCAACGGCAUUUUCGGACACAAGCCAUCCAGGAAUAUUGUAUCAAAUUCAGGCCAAUAUCCUAUUCCGCAAACUGAGCUGCUUGAUUCAUUUUUGGGUAUUGGCCCUAUGACAAGACAUGCAGUGGACUUGAAACCUCUUUUAAACAUAAUAGCUGGAGAUAACAGUAAGAAGCUAAAGUUAGAUAAUAAAGUUGAUGUGUCCAAAUUAAAGGUUUACUAUCAGUUCAGUAACGAUGCCCCAUUAACGGAUCUCGUGGACCCUGAGAUUGUCGCAGCUAUGAAGAAAGUCGUAGAGUUUCUCAAUGUGAAACACCAAAUGAAACCAGAAGAAAUUAAAAUACAACAACUUAGGAAAUCUAUCGCUAUUUGGCUAGCCAAUAUGAAGAAUGAGAAGAAAUUCGGAUAUUUUAUUAUGAAAAAUGAUAGUGUAUUCUCAAUUUGCAAGGAAAUAUUGAAAAACAUAAUCGGAUGUUCGGGAAAUACAUUUAUAGCUCUAGUCACAUCACUAUUUGAUUACAAUGGUCCCGAAAUUGGUGAUGACAAAUAUAACCAUUUUUUAAAAAAACGCGAUGAAUUAGAGAAAGUGUUCAAAGACACACUCGGUGAUGAUGGUGUGCUUUUGUACCCAACCCAUCCAACCACAGCUCCUUACCAUAAUGAACCAGUGUUCCGACCUAUGAAUUUCGCGUAUACUGCUAUAAUAAACUGUCUUGGAUUCCCAUCAACUACUGUACCUUUAGGAUUGAGCAAUGAGGGUCUACCCAUUGGUAUCCAAGUGAUCGCCAAUCACAAUAACGACAGAUUAUGUUUAGCUAUGGCUGAAGAACUUGAUGCAGCAUUUGGUGGAUGGAGGGAACCUCAAAAAGCUUAAACGAUAAUUGCAUUUAUGUAUUUUUAUAUCAGAAAUUUAUAUGUACCUAUUUUUUUACUAAGAGAAGGUAUUUUAAUGUA